AUGCCCAAUUCCGAGAGACAUGGGGGCAAGAAGGACGCGAGCGGAGGAGCUUCUGGAACUUCGCAGCCGGCGUCGGGAGGCGGCAGCUCCAACAGCAGAGAGCGUCACCGCCCGGUGUCGAAGCACAAGCGGCACAAGUCCAAGCACUCCAAAGACAUGGGGCUGGUGACCCCCGAAGCGGCAUCCUUGGGCACGGUUAUCAAGCCGCUGGUGGAGUAUGAUGACAUCAGCUCCGACUCGGACACCUUCUCUGAUGACAUGGCCUUCAAACUAGACCGGAGGGAGAACGACGAACGUCGUGGAGCCGAUCGGAGCGACCGCCUGCACAGACAUCGCCACCACCAGCACCGGCGUUCCCGGGACUUACUGAAAACCAAACAGGCCGAGAAAGACAAAAACCAGGAAGUGUCCGGCAAGUCGGGGUCGGCGAAGGAGCGGGGAUCGGGAAGUUCGAAGCGGUCCAACGAGGAGAGCGAGGACGCAAAGGCGCAGGUGGUCAAAGGCGGCGGCGGCAAGGAGUCCAGGGCCUCCAAACUCCACAAGGAGAAGGCCAGGAAGGAGCGCGAGCUCAAGUCUGGGCACAAGGACCGCAGCAAAAGUCAUCGGAAAAGAGAAACACCCAAAAGUUACAAAACCGUGGACAGCCCCAAACGGAGGUCCAGGAGUCCCCACAGGAAGUGGUCUGACAGCUCCAAACAGGACGACAGCCCCUCAGGAGCCUCUUACGGCCAAGAUUAUGACCUUAGUCCCCCACGCUCCCACACCUCCAGCAAUUACGACUCCUACAAGAAGAGUCCUGGAAGCACCUCGAGAAGGCAGUCCAUCAGCCCACCUUACAAGGAGCCUUCGGCCUACCAGUCCAGCACCCGGUCACCCAGCCCCUACAGUAGACGACAGAGGUCCGUGAGCCCCUAUGGCCGGAGACGGUCGUCCAGCUAUGAGAGGAGUGGCUCGUACAGUGGGAGAUCGCCCAGUCCCUAUGGGCGAAGACGGUCCAGCAGCCCUUUCAUGAGCAAGCGGUCUCUGAGUCGGAGUCCACUCCCCAGUAGGAAAUCCAUGAAGUCCAGAAGUAGAAGUCCUGCAUAUUCAAGACACUCAUCUUCUCAUAGUAAAAAGAAGAGAUCCGGGUCACGCAGUCGUCAUUCCAGUAUCUCACCUGUUAGGCUUCCACUGAAUUCCAGCCUGGGAGCUGAACUCAGUAGAAAAAAGAAGGAAAGAGCAGCAGCUGCUGCGGCGGCAAAAAUGGAUGGAAAGGAAUCCAAGGGGUCACCUAUAUUUUUGCCUAGAAAAGAGAACAGUUCAGUAGAGGCCAAGGAUUCAGGCUUGGAGUCUAAAAAGUUACCCAGAGGUAUAAAAUUGGAAAAGUCUGUCCCAGAUCCUGAACUGGUGAAUGUAACACAUCUAAACACAGAGGUCAGAAAUUCUUUAGAAACAGGGAAAGCAAAAUUGGAUGAGAACUCUGAGAAGCAUCCUGUUAAAGAUUUGAAAGCACAGGGAACAAGAGACUCUAAGCCCAUAGCAUUGAAAGAGGAGAUUCUUACUCCAAAGGAGACAGAGACAUCAGAAAAGGAGACCCCCCCUCCACCUCUCCCCGCAGUUACUUCUCCACCCCCUUUACCAACUACUACCCCUCCACCUCAGACACCCCCUUUGCCACCUUUACCUCCACUACCAGCUGUUCCACAGCAACCACCUCUGCCUCCUCCCCAAGCAGCAUUUAGUCAGGUUCCUAUUUCUAGUACUUCAACUUUGCCCCCUUCUACUCACCCAAGGACAUCUGCUCUAUCCUCUCAGGCAAAUUCUCAGCCCCCUGUACAGGUUUCUGUGAAGACUCAAGUAUCUGUAACAGCUGCUAUUCCACACCUAAAAACGUCAACAUUGCCUCCUCUGCCCCUCCCACCCUUAUUACCUGGAGAUGAUGACAUGGAUAGUCCAAAAGAAACUCUUCCUUCAAAACCCAUAAAGAAAGAGAAGGAACAAAGGACACGUCAUUUACUCACAGACCUCCCUCUCCCUCCAGAGCUCCCUGGUGGUGAUCCUUCUCCCCCAGACUCUCCAGAACCAAAGGCAAUCACACCACCUCAGCAACCAUAUAAAAAGAGACCAAAAAUUUGUUGUCCUCGAUAUGGAGAAAGAAGACAAACAGAAAGUGACUGGGGGAAACGCUGUGUAGACAAGUUUGACAUUAUUGGGAUUAUCGGAGAAGGAACUUAUGGCCAAGUAUAUAAAGCUAAGGACAAAGACACAGGAGAAUUAGUGGCUCUGAAGAAGGUGAGACUAGACAAUGAGAAAGAAGGUUUCCCAAUUACAGCCAUUCGUGAGAUCAAAAUCCUUCGUCAGUUAAUUCACCGAAGUGUUGUUAACAUGAAGGAAAUUGUCACAGAUAAACAGGAUGCACUGGAUUUCAAGAAGGAUAAAGGUGCCUUUUACCUUGUAUUUGAGUAUAUGGACCAUGACUUAAUGGGACUGCUAGAAUCUGGUUUGGUGCACUUUUCUGAGGACCAUAUCAAGUCAUUCAUGAAACAGCUAAUGGAAGGAUUGGAUUACUGUCACAAAAAGAAUUUCCUGCAUCGGGAUAUUAAAUGUUCUAACAUUUUGCUGAACAACAGUGGACAAAUAAAACUAGCAGAUUUUGGACUUGCUCGGCUUUAUAACUCUGAAGAGAGUCGCCCUUACACAAACAAAGUCAUUACUUUGUGGUACCGACCUCCAGAACUGCUGCUGGGAGAAGAGCGUUAUACACCAGCCAUAGAUGUUUGGAGCUGUGGAUGCAUUCUUGGAGAACUGUUCACAAAGAAGCCUAUUUUUCAAGCCAAUCUGGAACUGGCUCAGCUCGAACUAAUCAGCCGACUCUGUGGUACCCCUUGUCCAGCUGUGUGGCCUGAUGUUAUCAAGUUGCCCUACUUCAACACCAUGAAACCGAAGAAGCAAUAUAGAAGGCGUUUACGAGAAGAAUUCUCUUUCAUUCCUUCAACAGCACUUGAUUUAUUGGACCACAUGCUAACACUAGAUCCCAGCAAACGUUGCACAGCUGAACAGACCCUACAGAGUGACUUCCUUAAAGAUGUUGAACUCAGCAAAAUGGCUCCUCCAGACCUUCCCCACUGGCAGGAUUGCCAUGAGUUGUGGAGUAAGAAACGACGACGUCAUCGACAAAGUGGUGUUGUAGUGGAAGAGCCACCUCCAUCCAAAGCCUCUCGAAAAGAAACUACCUCAGGGACAAGUGCUGAGCCUGUGAAGAACAGCAGCCCAGCACCACCUCCUCCUGCUCCCGGAAAGGUGGAGCCUGCAGCUGGGGAUGCAGUAGGCCUUGGUGACAUCACACAGCAGCUGAAUCAAAGUGAAUUGGCAGUGUUAUUGAACCUGCUGCAGAGCCAGACCGACCUGAGCAUCCCUCAAAUGGCACAGCUGCUUAACAUCCACUCCAACCCAGAGAUGCAGCAGCAGCUGGAAGCCCUGAACCAAUCCAUCACUGCCCUGACGGAAGCUACUUCGCAGCAGCAUGACUCAGAGCCCAUGGCCCCAGAGGAGUCUUUGAAGGAAGCACCCCCUGCCCCAGCGGUCCCACCUUCAGCAGAACAGACAACCCCUGAAACUUCAAGCACACCAGCUGACAUGCAGAAUAUGUUGGCAGUUCUCUUGAGUCAACUGAUGAAAACCCAAGAGCCAGCCAGCAGCCUGGAGGAAAACAACAGUGACAAGAACAGUGGACCACAGGGGCCCCGAAGAACUCCCACAAUGCCACAGGAGGAGGCAGCAGCAUGUCCUCCUCACAUUCUUCCACCAGAGAAGAGGCCCCCUGAGCCCCCCGGACCUCCACCGCCGCCACCUCCACCCCCUCUGGUUGAAGGCGAUCUUUCCAGCGCCCCCCAGGAGUUGAGCCCAGCUGUGACAGCCGCCUUGCUGCAACUUUUAUCCCAGCCUGAAGCAGAGCCUCCUGGCCACCUGCCACAUGAGCACCAGGCCUUGAGACCAAUGGAGUACUCCACCCGGCCCCAUCCAAACAGGACUUACGGAAGCACGGAUGGGCCUGAAACAGGGUUCAGUGCCACUGACACUGAUGAACGCAGCUCUGGUCCAGCCUUGACAGAAUCCUUGGUGCAGACCCUGGUGAAGAACAGGACCUUCUCAGGCUCUGUGAGCCACCUUGGGGAGUCCAGCAGUUACCAGGGCACAGGGUCAGUGCAGUUUCCAGGGGACCAGGACCUUCGUUUUGCCAGGGUCCCUUUAGCAUUACACUCGGUGGUCGGGCAACCAUUCCUGAAGGCUGAGGGAAGCAACAACUCUGUGGUACAUGCAGAGACCAAAUUGCAAAACUAUGGGGAGCUGGGGCCAGAAACCACUGGGGCCAGCGGCUCAGGAGCAGGCCUUCAUUGGGGGGCCCCAGCUCAGUCUUCAGCUUAUGGAAAACUCUAUCGGGGACCUACAAGAGUCCCACCAAGAGGGGGAAGAGGGAGAGGAGUUCCUUACUAA